GGCCGGGGAGGGAGGCCGGCGAGCGCGCCCGGAGCCUCCGGAGAUGGCGGGCGGGCACUGCGGCAGUUUCGCCGCCGCCGCAGCCGGCAGCGGCGAGAUCGUCCAGCUGAACGUCGGGGGGACCAGAUUUAGUACCUCAAGACAGACUCUUAUGUGGAUUCCAGAUUCUUUUUUUUCCAGUUUGCUGAGUGGAAGAAUUUCAACACUUCGAGAUGAAACUGGUGCUAUAUUUAUUGAUAGAGAUCCGGCAGCAUUUGCACCCAUUUUAAAUUUUCUUCGGACAAAAGAACUAGAUUUAAGGGGAGUGAGUAUUAAUGUGCUCAGGCAUGAAGCAGAAUUUUAUGGAAUUACUCCCUUAGUAAGAAGGCUGCUCUUGUGUGAAGAAUUGGAGCGUUCAUCUUGUGGCAGUGUGCUUUUUCAUGGUUACUUGCCUCCACCAGGUAUUCCUAGUCGCAAAAUAAAUAACACAGCUAGAUCUGCUGAUUCUAGAAAUGGACUAAAUUCUACAGAAGGUGAAGCCCGGGGAAAUGGUACUCAGCCUGUUCUCUCUGGAAGUGGAGAAGAGACUGUUAAGCUAGGAUUUCCUGUGGAUCCACGAAAGGUGCUAAUAGUAGCAGGCCAUCACAACUGGAUUGUAGCCGCAUAUGCCCAUUUUGCUGUGUGUUAUAGAAUCAAGGAAUCUUCAGGAUGGCAACAAGUGUUUACAAGCCCGUAUUUGGACUGGACUAUUGAACGAGUAGCUUUAAAUGCAAAAGUGGUCGGAGGUCCACAUGGAGACAAAGACAAAAUGGUGGCCGUGGCCUCGGAGAGCAGCAUCAUAUUGUGGAGUAUUCAAGACGGGGGAAGUGGAAGUGAAAUUGGCGUGUUCAGCCUCGGCGUUCCUGUAGAUGCUCUCUUCUUUAUUGGGAACCAGUUGGUGGCCACGAGUCAUACAGGGAAAGUGGGAGUGUGGAACGCGGUCACUCAGCACUGGCAGGUUCAAGACGUUGUUCCUAUAACUAGUUAUGACACUGCUGGGUCAUUCCUUCUCUUGGGAUGUAACAAUGGAUCAAUAUAUUACAUAGACAUGCAGAAGUUCCCCUUGCGAAUGAAAGAUAAUGAUCUUCUUGUAACUGAACUUUAUCAUGAUCCUUCAAAUGAUGCUAUUACUGCUCUGAGUGUUUACUUCACACCCAAAACAAGUGUCAGUGGUAACUGGAUUGAGAUUGCCUACGGUACAAGCUCUGGAGCUGUACGAGUGAUUGUACAACACCCAGAGACAGUUGGGUCAGGUCCUCAGCUUUUUCAGACUUUCACCGUUCACCGAAGUCCUGUUACAAAAAUCAUGCUGUCAGAGAAGCAUCUUGUAUCAGUCUGUGCAGAUAACAAUCAUGUUCGGACGUGGACAGUAACACGAUUCCGAGGAAUGAUCUCCACUCAGCCAGGUUCUACUCCUUUAGCGUCUUUCAAGAUAUUGUCACUGGAGGAGACAGAAAGUCAUGGUAGCUAUUCCUCCGGAAAUGACAUAGGGCCUUUUGGAGAGCGAGAUGAUCAACAAGUGUUUAUCCAGAAAGUUGUUCCCAUCACUAACAAACUAUUUGUAAGACUCUCUUCUACUGGGAAAAGAAUAUGUGAGAUCCAAGCUGUCGACUGUACGACCAUUUCCUCGUUCACAGUGAGGGAAUGUGAGGGGUCCAGUAGGAUGGGCUCCAGGCCGAGGCGCUACUUGUUCACGGGCCACACCAAUGGCAGCAUUCAGAUGUGGGACCUGACCACUGCUAUGGACAUGGUCAACAAAAGCGAAGACAAGGAUGUAGGUGGCCCUACUGAAGAGGAGCUCCUUAAACUCCUGGAUCAAUGCGACCUAAGCACAUCUCGCUGCGCUACUCCUAACAUCAGCCCCGCGACUUCUGUGGUCCAGCACAGCCGCCUGCGGGAAUCAAACUCGAGCCUUCAGCUUCAGCACCAUGAAACCAUCCACGAAGCAGCUACUUACGGUUCCAUCAGGCCUUACAGAGAGAGUCCUUUGUUAGCAAGGGCGAGAAGGACUGAGAGCUUUCACAGUUACAGGGACUUCCAGACUGUCAAUUUGAACAGAAAUGUAGAAAGAGCUGUGCCUGAAAAUGGUAACUUGGGUCCAAUACAAACUGAAGUCAAGGGGGCCACAGGGGAAUAUAGUACGUCUGAGAGAAAGUCCCCUGGCACAGAAAUAAAGAGUUUGAGAGAAUUAGAUAGCGGGUUGGAAGGACAUAAAACAGCUGAAGGUUUUUCAGAAUCCAAGAAAAGGUCAUCAGAAGAUGAAAAUGAAAAUAAAGUGGAGUUAAGGAAGAAAGGAGGAUUUGAAGGGGGAGGAUUCCUUGGAAGAAAGAAAGUUCCCUAUCUGGUGUCGUCACCAAGCACUUCUGAUGGAGGAGCCGACUCUCCGGGUACUGCAUCCCCGUCUCCUACAAAGACCACUCCCUCUCCACGGCAUAAAAAAAGCGAUUCUUCAGGUCAAGAAUACAGCUUAUGAAAACUUGCCAAAGUGAAUUGUUAUUUUAUUAAAUUUAGAUAAAAGUUCAGCAUUAUUGGAUUUCAGUACAUCAGUUUUUACACUAAAACUUUACAAGGUAAAAUUGAACUUCACUUAGUAUCUUUUUAAUAGAAGUACCUGGAAUAAGGAGAUAUAAUAAUUAUAUCUCUUUUCACAUUUGGAAAUUUUUUCAGUUUUACAAGUACUUUUAAUAGAUCAUUUGUAAAGCAAGAGUCCAUUGUAACAUAAGCUACUUUUUGUUGGUUUUGGAAACAUAGUACCACAUCCUGGUAGAAUGGUGCCCAGGGAGAGGAGCAUCCCGUAGAUCAUGGGAGCAGGCAGACUGCAUUCCUAACCUUGAUUGUGCCUGAGACUUGUCUUGCAGUGUUAGGUUAAAUGAAUCAUAUAAUUCUCCUUGGAAUUUGGUGAUUACAAAGUGUUUACUAGAUAUUUGAUGAGGUGCUGUGUUUGUGAAAAAAUAUAUGUAAUUCAGAAACACUAAUAAUAUUGACUAUCAGAGUCCGUUAUGAAGUAAGUCUCCUUGAGGAUAUUUCAUUUUUAUUGUGGGUCGUUUUCUGAUUCUCAUGGUUGGGAGUUCUUAAAUCUUAGCAAAGCAUCACCAAUAUGCCAAAGGUUCAUAUAAACUUUCUUUCAAGUUGGAGCAGUUGUCUGUGUGUAAAAAGAUGAAAUAAAAAUAAUCAAGAGCAGUGCUUUAGUACCCAGAGGGAACACUGUACCAGUUGGUCACCUGCCUUGUUUAGGAGCCACCAUAGUUUUUUUCAGUGUUAAUAAUGAAGAUAAUUAAAUUAAAUGUGAUCAUUUUGUUGUGCUUAUGGGACUGCAGUUCUGAAUUGUUGGUCCAAAGUUUUAGUUGCUGUAAAAAAUGUUAAUUUGAAUAUAUUUUGAAUUGUAAAAGAAGUGAUUUUUUGUACAUUUUUUUCCCUUUAAUCAGAAUGGUUUUUCAAGUUUCUACAAAUAGGGUAAAUAUAAACUUAAAGCAGUAAGCAUUAUUGGUUAAUAAUGUAUGUAUUCCCAUUCCAAGAACUAUAAUAAAUAAUAAAUGAAUGAAGUUGAAAUAAACUCAUUAAAAUUUACUGUAUUGCCAGUGGUUUCACAACAGUUUUCUUGUAUUUAUCAAUUAAAUCAAAUAAAAAUGAUUAAGAAUGUGUUUUUAAUUAA